GUCCAGAGCCGUAGCUCAUAGUGGCGGAUAUUUGCUAUAUAAAGCUCCGGGAACCUUAAACGGGAACCAUUCGCAGUUCAAGUUUCACUGUUGCGUAGACAAACAUACAUCGAUAACAAGUUCCAGGAUGAAAGUGUGCUGUACUGUUUUACUCGCCCUCGCUGUGAGUUGUGCCUUGAUCGAGGCUAAAACGUUUUCCAAAUGCGAGCUAGCCAAAACGUUGGCAAAUAAUGGCAUCCCGAAGGCAUCAUUACCGGAUUGGAUCUGUCUCGUGCAGCAUGAAAGUGCAUUCAGUACAUCGGCGACGAAUAAUAACAACAAUGGAUCCAAAGACUACGGAAUAUUCCAGAUAAACAAUAAAUUCUGGUGCGAUUCGAGCUAUGGAGCGAACGACUGCAAGAUAGCGUGCAACAGUCUGCUCAAUGAUGAUAUUACGGACGACAUCAACUGCGCCAAAUUGAUUUUCAAGCGUCAUGGAUUUACCGCUUGGUACGGAUGGAAGAACCAUUGCAGUGGAAAAACGCUUCCUAGUGUUGCUUCAUGCUUCUAACAGAUUAGUAUUUGCACGACAUGUUGUAGU